AUGUCAAAUGCUGAUCCUGAAGCAAUUGCUGCAGCAAUUCCUCAGCAAAAUGCAACAGAGAAGCCUAAGAGCAAGCCACCUCCACCAUUUCCUCAAUCUUUGGAACAAAUGCCUAAUUAUGUGAAGUUCUUUAAGGAUAUUUUGACGAAGAAGAGGAGGCUUGGUGUAUUUGAAACGAUUGCUUUGAUUGAAGGUUGUAGUGCUAUAUUGAAGAAUAAAAUUCCUCCAAAGUUGAAGGAUCCGGGCAAUUUCACAAUUCCAAUUUCUAUUGGGGGACGACAAUUGGGAAUUGGAGAAACAAGGCCAACUACACUCACCUUGCAAUUACCUGACUGUUCUAUGGUGCAUCCGGAGGGAAAGAUUGAAGACAUCCUAGUACAAGUUGACAAGUUCAUUUUUCCGGCAGAUUUCAUUAUUCUUGACUAUGAGGAAGAUAGGGAUGUACCGAUCAUUUUCGGGAGACCAUUUCUUGCCAUCGGGAGACGUUGA